ACUAACUCUACAAGCUUUUCAUUUCCAGUUUUUAAGAAGUAUUUCUAUAUAUUAACUUUGAAUGCUUUUUAGAUGAUGCACUUCAAAGUUACUCAUGCAUUUUCGUGUUGCAUCUGCAUGUAUUAUUCUUCCAUUUUGCUUGUGGAAACUCUGAUGUUCAGAUAGCCCUUUGUGAUCUGGUUCAAACUGAGAUGAUGAGUAAUAGACUACAAUCCACAAACACAGUUAUGCUCUCAGCCACUGUAGUUCUCAGCCCUUCUCAGCUCUUCUCCUUCUGUGGGAUACACCUGAUCUAUCUACUUUGGCGCCCGACCUCCAGAAAAAUAUAGAAAACUUCCUCAGGUGACCUGUGUACUUACCUUUUCCCUACUUAUAAAUCUUCCACUCAAAGUUAAAAAUACAAGUGGUGUUGGAGACAGAUCAAAGUAAACUCUCUGUUUUUUUCUUCCCUUCUUAUCUUUUGUCAGGCAUAGGCGAUUUCUCAGCCGUAAUGCUGAGCUGUAAUGAGGUAUGUCUGCUCUGAGAGACUAACUGUUGCACGUGAUUGCUAACAGCCGUGUAGUUCAGGUCAAUAUUAUUCACACAACAGUCAGUAAAACAAGUCUUCACCAAAUUGACAAUGGCUGCUAAACAGAUGUGCAGACCCUUAGAAAGAAAAUGUGAAAUUGUUAAAGCAGUGACAUGAUUGAACAGGAAAUGGCAAACAAAACAUGGUUCUUUCAGUUGGGACCCUUUUGUUGGGCAAAUGUGACACAACUGCUAUUUAACACUUAACUGUGUGUACUAUAUGCAGUGCUUUAUCCAAGACAAACAUAUUGGCACUGAAUUAUGAAAGAUGAAUGAUGACUGUUUGAUGAACUGAAAGUACUGUGCUCUUUGUUUCCACAUGCCCAUACCAAGGGGUUGUGACACUGGAGAGAUCUUUGAUUGUAAGAAUUGGCAUGUUUUUUUUUUUCUUUUUUGAUUGCAUGUUGGAAAUGUUUUUAUCAUAUUGUCCCAUUUUAAGUCUUGUCACAAUAAGUCUUGUCACAAUAUUAUAAAAGGUACAGUACCCUGUAACGAACUGUACAUCCUUUACAUGUUUCCAUCUCCAUCCUCCUACUCCAUUGCAUUAUCAGUUUAUAGCUUGUAUCAAUUGAUGCCUGCUUGAGGCUUCCCUUUUAUUUGUUUGGAACUGAACAGAACCAAUCCUGCAUGCUUUUGUGAUGUCUGAGGUCAACCAGCCCUAUCAUCCCUUGUCAAAAGAGUUCUUAGAAACUAGGGGUCACAGAAAUAGACUCCUUGGGCUACUGCUGACAUCCUUAUUUUCAGCUCACCUCACUCAGUGAGUAUGAUUUUUAUGGACAUUGGUUGUUAAUGAGUGCACCCUACUUUAAGAAAGCCCACUUUGUUUGCUGAGGGAUCUAUCACUGAAAAGAUCACAAGUCAGGGGAAAGUAAGUGACUGAUCAAUGGCCUUCGAGGGAAUUAUCCUCUGGUUCCUAUUGGCCUCUAUGGACUUGCAAUUAUCUCCUCAAUAAGGACUGAAAGACUGCCUAUGUUGUUAGUAUCAAACAUUUAAUUGACUGUAUCAAGGUGCUUAAUUGCCUCAUCAACAUUUGAAUCCAGGCUCACUGAGGAAUACAGUGUUAUUGUGCACCAUAAGAGAGAGGAGACUUUUUGUUUUUUAUUGUUUUGGAUUGUACAUGAUGGGAGCGGCACGUGUGAAACGUCGUUUCAGUGCUGUGGUGGACGGGCCAGUGGAGGAGGAGGAGGUCAUGAGGCUGGCACAGAGUGCUGCUGACACGGCUAGGGCAGGGGGGAGUCCAGUGGGGUCAGGGACCCCAACCAGCCCCUCCCCAACCCAUGCCCUGAACGGCAAAACUCUACCUCUCCAGAGCAACACCAACAAUGCACGGAGGCAGAGUGCCAUUGGAGUUGGGGGAGAUGCAGGAGAAGGCGGGGUGAGAUCAGGAGGAAUAUGCUCAGGGCUAAGGAGUGAAAGAGGCAGUAGUGUAGGAGGAAGAGGAAAAGGCCGUUCAUCCUCGGACCAAAAUUCACUCUCUUCCCCCUCCACUACCAACCGCCGGCGCAGCAGGUGCUCAAGCCGCCGGCCCCGACAACGCUUUGUGGGCAAGGACGGACGCUGCAACGUCACCUUCGUCAACAUAAGCGAAAGGGGCCAGCGCUAUCUUAACGACCUCUUCACCACCUGCGUGGACAUCCGCUGGCGCUGGAUGCUGAUCAUCUUCACCCUCUCCUUCCUUCUUUCCUGGCUGCUCUUUGGAUUUGCCUUCUGGCUUAUUGCCUCCGUGCAUGGGGACCUCUCCAUUCGGCUUACCCCCAGCCCAGGUUCCUCUCCGGGAUCAGGAGAGGCCGGGUCUGGAGGAGAGUCUGAUAGAGAGGCAGUGGUUGAGGAGCCGUGCUUCCUCCAGGUGAACAGCUUCAUGGCAGCCUUUCUAUUCUCCUUGGAGACGCAGACAUCCAUAGGUUAUGGCUUCAGAAGCGUGACCGAAGAAUGUCCCCUGGCGGUGAUGGCGGUCAUUUUGCAGUGCAUUGUGGGCUGCAUCAUUGACGCCUUCAUCAUCGGGGCAGUCAUGGCCAAGAUUGCCAAGCCCAAGAAGCGCAACGAGACACUGGUGUUCUCUGACACAGCUGUGGUGGCGCUGAGGGACGGGAAACUCUGUAUGAUGUGGAGGGUCGGAAACCUACGCAAGAGCCACCUGGUAGAGGCACAUGUUCGAGCACAGCUACUAAAGCCAAGGGUGACAGAAGAGGGAGAAUUCCUCCCUCUGGACAAUAUGGACAUCAACGUAGGUUUUGACACUGGCACUGACCGCAUCUUCUUGGUCUCGCCAGUGACAAUUGUCCACGAGAUUAACGACGAGUCACCUUUCUUUGAGAUUGACCAAAAGACCCUGGAGAAUGACUCUGAAUUGGAGGUGGUGGUCAUACUCGAGGGCAUGGUGGAGGCCACAGCUAUGACCACACAGUGCCGUAGCUCCUAUCUGGCUUCUGAAAUCCUCUGGGGACACAGAUUCGAACCAGUGCUCUUCAAGAGGAAAGACUGCUACCAGGUGGACUACUCAUUCUUCCAUCAGACAUACGAAAUCCCAAACACACCUUCAUGCAGCGCUAAGGAGCUGGCCGAGCAGAAGUACAUUCACAGCUCACGCUCGUCAUUCUGCUAUGAGAACGAAGUUGCUCUGCAGCUCGUCUCCCCUGAUGAUGAGCCUGGCCCAGACCCUGAGUGUCCCUCCCCACCGACCCAAAGGCAAUCCCUGGCCGAACAUCUCCACUACAAUUGAACCUGUUGGAUAGAAGGCCUUAAGGGAAAAGAUAUAGGAAGUUGACCCAGAGGUUUUACAGAGAGAGGGUUAAACUGGUAGAAAUUGGCAGACCAAGAGAGACCGGAUUAAAAGUCAUUAGGGCCAGUGUCAGGAUAAAGGAUAGGAGGCAACAUUGUUUACAGUGAUUGGACAGGAAAUGAAGUCCAAAAUAGGAGCAAGUCAAGAGAUCCAUUACAACUUUUACAAAUUUGCAAGAUUUAGAUAAGUACUACCAUACAGAUUAGAUUACACCGAGAAAUAUAAAGGAAAUGGACAGAUAGAGAAAGGUUUUGGGGCAGUAUUUUAGGGAGAAGGGUUACUACACUGGCUUAGUUGUCUGAUUGGUCCUGGCAAUCUUUUAGGAUCAUUGAAAACUUGUCUGCUAAGUCUCACAUCUGGCCCGGCACUACCACAACACGCCCAUCUGGCUCUAAUCCCUGACUGGCAGAAUAUACAGCAGCACCCCAUGGUGGCUCUACCAUGCAACUGCACCUCCAGUUUUGUGAUCUAUUUGAGGUGGCUUCUGUAUGAAAUGAAUGGCAGUGUACCUUCUGAGGUAGAACUCAGGAAUAUAUUCCACUAUGAUGCUGAAUUAUCAUUUUAAUGUUUUAUUUCCGUAUGGUAAGUAUGGUUAGUGCACAUUUUGUGAUACUUUGAGCUUGGUGGGGGGUGUUGAGAAUGUAGUUGAGUUAGGCUACUUGUAGAGCCAAAGCAGAGCAACAGUAACAUGGAGAAACGGCUGAAAACUAGCAGCGAUUUUGAGCAGUUUCUUUUCCAUGUUAUGUUAUAUAUGUUGUUUGUUUUGGGGCUUUAUUAUGUCAUGCAAAAAAAAUGUUCACUGAUUGUAACAUUUGCUUUAUUUAAUCAUUUUGUGUUGAGUUGAAUGCCAUGUGGCGAGGUCAGAGUAAGCAUUGUAGUGUUAGAUACACAAUGACAGAUUAUGUUGUUUGUGUCCAGACCAGUUAAACAUUAUUUCUUGCACUACUAUCUACAGUAUCUUCUCAUGUCCUGUAUAGCUAAAAUCAACCACACUGUAUUGUUUUGCUCUGUUACUUUUGGAUUGUAGUAGUUAGCAACUGACCUAUGACAUUAUAAUCUUUUAAGUGUCUUGGCACUUGGAAGACCCUUGAUGGUUCGGACUAAAUCCAACUUUAAAGGGGUUGCUCUCAUCCGCUCUGUAAAUGCACAGGGGGCCUAAAGUCACGUCCAACAUCACUAGAACAUUACUGAACUGAGUAGGAGAGAUGUUGUGAUGGUGGUGACGAUGGUUUGCUGUUUCUGCUUCUCUGAGAAUAAAACAUCCGUCUAACAUCUGUGCAAAUGGAUGAGGAUUGAACUGGAAACUACACCACAUUCAUAGAAAAUUAUACUGUAUUUUUCUGCCCAUAAAAUCAUGUUUCCCGGUACUAUGUUCUAAUGUGCUACAGUUGGUUUCUCUCACAAAUUGUGAGAUCAGUGUAGUGAGUGGUGCCUUCAUAACAAACCAGAGAUUUUGCAACUGGCCCUUCAUCUGCAGCAGUUAAUUUCAUGUUUGAAAUGUACUUAAAGCCUAUUUUUAUUGUGUGUAUUUUCAUACUGCUACUUAUGCAAGAGUGUUUAUUCAAUCACUUUAACAUUUGCAGGAUGUUGUUCUAAGUAGACAAAAAUGUCUAUACUGUGAAUCUGCUCAAUCCGAGAUUGUCUCAAUAUGAACAUGCACUGAUAACAUAAAUAGGUUUUUAGCUGUAUUGUAUUGUAGACUAUGUAAUAGUUGCUUUUUGAAGUUUAUGACAAAGCACUUGGAAUGUUCUUGUUUAUUUUAGAUCCUGUAAUGAUUUGCAGUAAAUCCUGCCACCAUGAGUAUUUAAGUGUUUGAUUACAGAAGAUGUUUGUAAGGUCACUCAGUGUCAGGAGUGCAACAUGAUAUUAAGUGUUGACCAAUAAUCAGCCUGUCCAACGUACAUCCUGGGAACUUGUUCUGUUUAUUUUGCACUAAAGUAGUAUAUGCAGACUAAAUAUCACUAAUGACGCUUUACAACAGCACAGUAGUGUUGCUGGAUCAGCACACAUUAACCUCAAUCAUAACCUCAUCAUCAAUCGCAGUGUUUCACUUCAGUUAUUGAAAGUUUCUUUUUUAUGGUUACCCCAGGGCGGGUGAGGUAUUGAUUACAUAUAAUCUGUUGCACUUAGUGAUAAGGCUGUUUUUUUGUUUGUGUUCUCCCUUACACUUCUCCUUUAUGGCUACAUGCUCUAUUUAUAGGCUGCAUGGGUCAUGUCGUUCACCCUGCCUCCACUUGUAACUUGAACUUACUGCACCAUCACUUUAACUACUAUAGCGUUGUUUAAAAACCCAAGAAAAAAUAGACGGAUGGAUUAUUUGGUCAUUUCACUCCUUAGGAUUUUUUUAAAUCAUAUGUAUAUACAUAGUGUAAAA